AGCCUGCUGGGCACUGCUUCCGCUCAGCUGCUGCCUCCUGGGGCAAGCAUCCCAGGGGCUUUGUCUGGCCAGGAUGGGCCGGGCUGGGAUGGGGGUUCUGGCGGUACUGCUGGAGGCACUAAGCUUCCUGGCGUUGGCUCCGGGGAGCUCCCCUGCUCUCCACGGGGACACCACCUCCUGCCACUUGGUCAGGUCCAGCCCUGGCAGCCCCCUGAGCUCUCUGAGCUUCCUGGGCAAGGAUGCCCAGGGCCUGGCGCUGUUCCAUGCCCGCUGGGAUGCGCACGGGAGGCUGCAGGAUUGCAGCCGGCAGGAUGAGCCGGAGCUCACGGCAGCCUACGGCGCCCUCUGCACUCAUGAGACCACCCGGGGCUCCUUCGUCCACACCCCUGGACCCGAGCUGCAGAGAGUGCUGGCCACGCUUCCAUGGGAGGCCUGCCCAGGGGCAGGGGCCAGGGAGAAGCGAUCGGCCAUGCAGAGCGGAGCGCCUGGCAGGGGGCGCCUGCGGGUGAAGAGGGGCUGGACCGUGCCGGGCACGCUGUGGUGUGGAGUCGGGGACUCUGCUGGGAACUCCUCGGAGCUGGGGAUCUUCCAGGGCCCGGAUCUCUGCUGCAGGGAACAUGACCGCUGCCCGCAGAACAUCUCGCCCCUGCAGUACAACUAUGGCCUCCGCAACUUCCGGUUCCACACCAUCUCCCACUGCGACUGUGACACCAGAUUCCAGCAAUGCCUGACGAGCCAAGGCGACUCCAUCUCCGACCUCGUGGGUGUGGCCUUCUUCAACGUGCUGGAGAUUCCCUGCUUUGUGCUGGAGGAGCAGGAGGCGUGUGUGGCGUGGUACUGGUGGGGCGGGUGUAGGACGUAUGGCCUGGUGCCCCUGGCACGUCUGCAGCCCAGGACUCGCUACAAUGCCUCCUGGAGCUCCCCAGCCUCCUCCCUGCCUCCCAGCCCCCCGAGCCCAGCCCCUACCAGACCUGCAGAGAAGCCUCACCUGCGGAAGUGGUGGCCACGGCAGAAGGGGUCCCGGCGUCUCAGCGUGGCCAAUGCCACAGCCCCCCAGCCUCCUGUGGCCUCCCCCAGGCCUGGUGUGGGCCGCACAGCCCAGCCUGGGACUCCUCAGCCAGGCCUCCAGAGCCCACAGGGCGAACUCAAAGGCCAGGGUGCCCGCCGAGCCUGCCGCAGCUUCCGCCGCUUGGAUCAGUGUCAGCUCCGGAUUGGCUCCCAGGAAACCAAGUUCCAGCUGCUCAAUGGGGCCCCUGGGCCCCUCUUCCACUGCAACUGCACGCGCCGUCUGGCGCGCUUCCUGAGGCUCCACAGCCCACCUCCGGGCACCAGCGUGCUUUGGGAGCUGCUGGGCACCACCUGUUUCACACUGGCCCCGCCACUAGACUGUGCUGAGAGUGAAAACUGUGCCAGGGACCCCAGGGCCAUCAAGGUGUCAGCUCAGCAUCUCCGGCGGCUUCGGCUUAAGCUCCAGGAGGAAGACCCAGUGGCAGGGCAGCCGUGGCUGUCAGAGUCCCCCGGGGCUCCCGUGUCAUUCUAUGAGCUGUGCCUGCAGUUAACCCAGGCAGCCUGGAGACCCAACGGGCAGCACGAGGUCCCGAGCCAAUGACCCCAGCUCCAGCUCUCCCGAACACCAGACUGGGCAUCGCCCUUGGCUUUGCCAGGCCUUGGGAGUCCCGGCCUCCUCCCCACGAGUUAGAAU